UUCUGGACUGGCAGGUCUUUGAAAACCAUUAUGUCAUGGUGAUGGAGCGGCCUAGUCCAAGCAUGGACCUGGAGGCAUUCCUUGAAGUCAGCGGAGGAGUCCUCAGUGAGAAAACAGCACAUACCAUCAUGAGGCAAGCUGUUUAUGCGGCCAACGUGUGCUGUUACCGCGGGGUGUUCCACCGGGACAUUAAGCUUCAAAACCUGCUGGUGAACCCCGACACACUGGAAGUCAAGCUGAUCGACUUCGGGUGUGGAGACUUCAUGAUGGAAUCAGCCUACAGUAUCUUCUCUGGCACAGAAGCGUACAUCCCGCCAGAGUUUUAUGAAAAAGGAUGCUACUGGGCCAAACCAGCGACGGUCUAUUCUCUUGGGGUUCUUCUGUUCACAAUGCUCCAUGGAGAAUUCCCAUCAGCGUAUGACCUGUACUACCUUCAACAUGACUGGUCCAAAUUUACCCUCUCUCAAGAAUGCUGUGAUAUGAUGAGGGCUUGUCUGCAUGAGAAUCCAGAGUGCAGAAUUCCUCUAGAAGAGAUGCCUUACCACGACUGGUCCAUGCUGGAGUUCUGAGUCACAUUAGCAGAAUGUUUUGUAUAUUUGAUUUUUGUACAUGUCUGUAAUAAAGAUAUAUUUUAUUGAACUCA